AUGACGAUAAUCGUGAGUGCUGGUAAAACGAGAAGUCAGGACAGACCUGUAGGGUUAAAACCUGGAGGGAUGAGGUCAGCCGAAGAUGGCCAUGCCUGGGAGAGCUACGCAGAAGGUGGUUUGAAUUGUGGUCGCUGUACUGUAACAUGGUAUAUCCCACGGCUGAUCUUGGUUUUUGGUGAUCUGCUUCCUCUUUUCUUGGUUAUACCUUUGAAGGGUGGCUUUGUGGCCAGAUAUAACUCAUCCCUGUUCCCAGAGAAAGACGUAGUAGCUUAA